AUUGGAAGGAGGAGGGGGCGAGGAGGAGGAGGAGGCGGCACGGGUGCUGUUUCUCCAGUCUCUUUCCCCUGUCUUUGUCUCACACACUCUUUUGUUAGCCAUGCCUAGCCUGCUGGUUCUAGCAGGGAUCAUGGAGAAAAAUGGGGGCUACGGCGGGGAUCUGGCCGGCUCCGGUUUCGGAACCGAAGGUCUCCUUGUGCCGCCCGAUGAAGAGGAAGACGACUCCCGUGCCCUCAGGGUCGCGCUGGGCCAGUUGUCUCUGCUGGGGCUCGGGGAAGGCGAGGACGUCGGCGGAGCCCCAACAACAGGAGUACAGGAUCGGAGUAACAAUAAUAACAACCACCACAACCACACGAACAACGUCGGAGGUGGCGGGGACACGGCGAUUCUGCAAGGGAAGAGCAAGUUGUGCGCCCUGUAUGAGAGCUCCUCAAGUGAGACGAAAGGACGAGGCUGCAACAUAACAGAAUGCGUCCCAGUGCCCAGCUCUGAACAUGUGGCCGAAAUAGUGGGGAGACAAGGUUGCAAGAUCAAAGCCCUGAGGGCCAAGACCAACACCUACAUCAAAACCCCCGUUAGAGGAGAGGAGCCGGUGUUCUUGAUCACUGGCCGGAAGGAGGAUGUUGCACUAGCCCGUCGUGAAAUCAUCUCUGCUGCAGAGCACUUCUCCAUGCUCCGAGCAUCCCGCAACAAGCUAGGAGUGUCCUUUAGUGGCUCUCCGCCCACACCUUUGCCCGGUCAGACUACCAUUCAGGUGAGAGUGCCAUACCGUGUUGUGGGGCUGGUAGUGGGGCCUAAAGGCUCCACCAUCAAACGCAUCCAGCAGCAAACCUGCACAUACAUCGUCACCCCUAGUCGAGACCGCGACCCCGUCUUCGAGAUCACGGGGUCGCCGAGCAAUGCUGAGCGGGCCCGCGAGGAGAUAGAAGCACACAUCGCCUUCCGAACAGGAGGCCUUCACGACCACAAUAAUGAGAACGACUGUCUGGGGCCAAAUGGUGGAAGCAGCCCAGCGAGCAGUAGCGGUGGUCUGGAGAGCCGACUACAGCAGGUGUGGGGGCUGCAGGGGGGCCAGCGCAAGCCCCUCACCAGCAGCUACCGCCAGAACUUCUCAGAUGCCAUGGUGGGAGGGGGAGGGGGCGGAGGAAGUGAAGGAGGGGGAAUCUACACCAAGAGCAACUUCUCCAGCUCUGGAGAGAAGCCUUGCUCUUACUUUGGAUCAGAUGGUACCCAGAGCUGGGGUGACCCUGACUACCCCAAACAGGUGGCCUUCUAUGCCCAGCAACGCUCCAAGAGCUUCGGAGGCCUCCCUCUCCCCCUGACCAGACUCUCCCCUGGCUUAACCGAGUCCUGCGGAGGUGGAGGAACCAACAACUCUUCAGUCACCAGCAUCGUGCCCGUAUCCGGUUCACCUCAUGCCCAGGCUCGCCGUGCCCACAGCGAGCCCACCUCAGCCGGUGAGGGUUUCCCGGGCCGUCUGCCAGUGCCGGACUCGCCACCGGCCACUGUGCGGGACUGCAUGACCUGCUUUGAAAGCAAAGUGACGGCUGCCUUGGUGCCCUGUGGCCAUAACCUCUUCUGCAUGGAGUGUGCCAUCCGAAUCUGUGAGCUCAACCACCCGGAGUGCCCAGUGUGCCACACCCAGGUCACACAGGCCAUCCGAAUAUUCUCUUAAGGAACCACAUCAGUUUUUAUCAUUAGUUUUGUCAGUGUUUGUUCAAUAAUUAUUUCCUGUUAUUCUGAUUAUUAUUAUAAUACACAUUUUGUUUUUUCAGAAAAUUUUAAAACAAUCAAGCAGAUAUUUUAGAAGGCACUGCUUGCUUUACUAAAAAGUAUAAGAAAUAUUUUUAAGUUUUUCUUUUAUAUAUAUAUAUGCAUAUAUAUUUUAUAAAAGUUUUGUUUAUAAGAGAAGUAUAGUAACUUGCAUUUUCAGUUUUUUGGACUGCUGCUGUUUUUCAUUCAUGAAUCACAGUGUAGGCAGAGGUAGACAGUAAUGUGAACAUUUUAUGAUUCAAAUUUUUAUUUUACCAUGAAGUGGGUUUAUAUGGAAGGAAAGAAGAUGAUUGUUGAGGUACCCAAUCUGCACCCGACUGACCUAGAAAGUUAAUAUUGUUCUUAAAAAAACCCUAGAUUUUUUCAUUGCACCUUACAAUCAUCAUGAUCUAAAAGAGGAUUUCAAUCAAACCUUGAAAUUUUGGGAGCUGACGUGAAGGUGAAUUCAGCCUUUUCAGAUUUACUGUGAUUGUGGUUUUGAUAUAAUUGGUCUAAUAGAUAUUUUAUCAAAUUUAAAAUGUGAAUAGAUUGGUUGUAGCCUUGAAACCCCAACAAAGAACAAAUGAUUGCCCCCUUUUUUUCAGUCUUAUACCUUGAAGUCUUACAAAGCAGAUGAAUCCUAAAAAAGGGAUAGGACACUACAUCAUUUAUUUCCAGUGGUUACUUACAUUUUAUUGGCAUCAUUGUUCAGAGAAAGGCUAAAGCUGUGUUUUAGUAAAAUCUCUUUUCCAGUAGCCAUUGAUUACACUUUGGUCACUGCAGUUUGUUGAAAAGAUUUAGUAAUGCUUGCUCCUCGUGGCACUUGAAAAGCAUGUGGUUCCUCGGUUGGCUUAAAGCACUGAUUUAAUUUGUGAGGCCGAAAGCCUUGGAAUUCUUCCAGUUGGCUAGUUCUCGAUAUCCGUCUCCCCAAUGGACUUGUUUCAAAGCCACCUUAGCCGCGCUUUAUUGUCUCGUGUGGUCAUUUGGCCACAUUCUCUGAACGAUAUAGGACAAAGAAAGAGCUCCAGUCAACAGGCAUUUCUCUGAGGUGUGCACUGUAAAUAAAGAGGAGAAUUAGAAUGUGGACAGAAGCCGAGUAAAACUGUAAAUUGUUUCCCUGAAUCAGCAGCCGACUUCCACUAAAAUAGUUGACACUGUAAAAAACAGAGUCCCCAACCAGUAAUCCUUACUCCCCAAUACUAACAGCAUUAUGUGCGAGCUCUGAGGGGCCAGCUGUCUCCCCUGUAAUUAGCAAAUCUGUACAGGAGCAGGUGUUUCAUGGCACACUGUGGCUGUGACCCCAAGUUGGAGCUCUGGCCUAGCCCCCUUUCUUUCUCUCUUUUCUUUGGCUUUUAUGUCUCCCCCUGCUUACAGUUUGAUCGUUUGGUUUCGAAGGCCUCUCUGAGUGGGGCGUAUUGUCUCGGCCCGGUAGCGGCUUGGGCUGGGGAGUGCUCGGACACGGCCUGGAUCUACUCAUUCAUAAUUAGGCAAAUGGGUUGGUCCAGGUGCGGACCGUGUGGGGACUCAGGGGCUGUAUGAGGAGUAGGACAGGGUCCCGCAGCGAGCCCCUUUCAGCCCCACCUCACUGUUACAAGCACAGAGGGAGCUGGAUGGUGUGGAUGCAGCUGGGCAUAUAGGACCCCCUCCUUCCACUCCCAAUCGCCCCUUCCGCCCCCCCUUUUUCCUCUCCUUUUCUGCCGCUCUGAGCUAUCCCUACUGGGGAGUCGGGGCCUCUUUUGUCCCAAAACACACACACACACAAAAUCUGAAAGACAGUAGUGAAUUUGGCAGCGCCUGUGAAAUAAGGGGAAGCUUAGGAGCAAGAUAAAUUAUCUACAGUUAUCAGGAGGCGCACAAGCUACCUAUUCUCAGUGUUAAUGACACAAAAUUUGCUGCACGCACUCUGUGAAUGAUGAAAAACGUACGUUUACCCACAAAACAAAGAUUGCGUGAUCUCAUCACACAGGGGGCAGCAUUAUCCCCCCUCCACCUCCCAAAUGCACCGCCCUGAAAUCUGGAAGGGGCCGUUUUUUUGAGACAGCGCCAAUGCAGAUCGCUACUGUAUGGGACAUCCUGCAGCUGCCUUUUCACUAUGGACACCAGGGCUUCAGCCAAUGGCUGCCCCCCUCUGGCUUUGAGCUUGGAGAAUGAAAUCAGACAAUUGUAAUUGACAGGAAAGCAGAGGAAACGCCCCAUUUAACCAGCACUCAUGCUGAAUCAAAUUACACACCCUCUGCGUCUGCCUUAGCCCCAGCCUGGGGAUUUCAGAGGGCUAGAGGAGAGCGGAUGGGGGUAGGGAUUAAAGCUGUUGAAUGAUAGGGGGGGAUUCAUUUUGGCUGUAAGAAGAGAGAAGUAGGCUCAAAAAAAAAAAAACCUUGCAGAUCUUGCAUUUUUAUUGGUCACUCAAGUCUUGCUGCAAGCUUUGAGUAGUUGUCACAUGAGGGCUAGUGUCGGUGAUUCAGCAGGCCUCUCUUUUGUUGUACUGGAGAACAAUUCAACUCGGCUUCUGUCUCAAAAAGGAAUUAACAAUUACAAAUUGUGUCUCCUAGCACACAAAGGGCCAUUCUUAAAAAAAAAAAAAAAACAUAAAGCAGACCACUCACAUUACGUGUGGACUGCAGGGAAAGCACUGUACUUGCAAAAAGUACCCUGAGCUCUAUCAGAUGUAGGAAUAAAGAAUAGUUAUGGUUUUAUGGAUGGAAAAAUUGCACAGUGGUUUGGCUUAAGCUUUCUACGACAAAUUCAAGGCAGUAUGACACUGUUCUUUGAACUAAGUAUUUUUGUUAUUUUGUUUUCUGCCUUAAUAUUUUUUAUUCAAAUAUCGCCAUUACUUUGGCUUACAAGGUAGCAACUUUGGCCUUUGAUAGUAUCGCCCCGUAGACAAACUUUUUGAAAGUACUUAUUUUUGGAGAAAAAAAAGAAUGUGAAUCAAACUGCUUGGGUGGGGAUCAGAGAGAUUCAGGAAAUUAGGCUCUUAAAACACUUUACUUAAAUAUAGAAAGUAGAGCACCUUAUACAAAACAUGCGCAAUUGAUGAAAACCAAACCGACCACUGAUGGUGAAUACAUUUCAUAGGAUUUGAAAGAAAUGCACAUAAGGAUUCCCUAUCAUUUUUUUUGUAUUAUGGUGGUUCUUGUUCUUCUUAAUGCUACAGUAGUACUAGUGGUAAUGUGGGAGACCUCUCGUCCAUUUAGUCCAUGCUGAUGACUUGCUGGAGGUUUGCACUGGUUUCAUGCAGAGAGGGCUACUUGGAGAGUCUCCCUGUUUAGACGCUGUAUAAGUUAAUGAGUAUUGUACUUUAUGGGAAAGCACCCUGAGCAUCUAUGUAAAUACAGUAUGUGUAUCGGUUAUGAACAUCCGGACAAAGGCCCGCUUAAAGUGAAGUUUUGAUUAUUUUGAAAAAGGCUGACGGUGUCAUUGUCAAUGUUUUAGCACAUGGAGUCUUAGGGAGAGUAAAUCUUUUAUAUAUGCGCCCCCAUCACCCUUUGGACUAUAAUAGUAUAUUAGAUAGAUUCCAUACAUUUAUGAAAUAUUAUUUAAACUGAUUAACUUAGUACUUCAUCCAAAUAGAGAAAAUAAAUGAACCACGUCUAUAAACUGUAAUAAUGAAUAUCCUUUUAUGACGCAGCUGAUGUAUAAAUCCAAGCUUGAAUUAAAACUCGAAGAAAUAUUGUGUGUAAUAACCUAGCCCUGAUGAGUAAAUCUGUUUCUAUGUAUAUUAGGAUGAAAAGCAAUAAUAGGACUAUACUGGGAUAAUACACAGAGGAGGUCUGCUUAGUCAGUUCUUGAAAUAAUAUUCUAUUCACAAAUCGACCUUGACUAUUAGGAUGCUGUUGCGUUUCUGUCUCACAUCGGCUAAAAUGUCAUUAUGGAUUCAUGCCAGUGUAGAAACAGAGAUAUAAUGAAUUAGUAACAGUUUCAGGAUAAUUAAUUGUUCUUGUUGUGUUCAUCAGGGUCAUUUAGUCAAUUGAUUGCUUUUUUUUUUUUUUUUUUACGUUGAAACUCAAUCAGAUCACAGGGUGAGUCAAGACAAACUUUAAGGAUUCCUGCUUUUUUUUUUGUUGGGAGUAGCACUGAAAAUAUGAACCUGCAUCUCUUUGUGACUUAAGGAGGAAAUCUCACUGCGCUGUAAAAGUGAUUCCUGGAGUGUAAACAAACAAACAGGACCAGAGUGUGAGCACGGAAGUCUCUUCUCUUUGUUCAAAAAAAAAAAGAAAAGAAAAAAAAGCUGGACAGGAUGACUUCACUUGUGACAGUGUGAUGUUUUGAAGGUCAGAAACAUACACAGCAGGGAGAGGUAGAGCAGCAUGAUGUGAUGUAGUUACACUCUGACUGCAGUCAUGUAGUGACCAUUAUUCUUCAUUAACUUACAGACAGAGGCAGGCGUGUUACCAAGCAUAUCUCAAGAGGAUUUCUGUUUACAUAGUAAGACUACGUUUCUGAUUUCAUGGCUCUACUUGCACCUACUUUUUUCAUGCGUAGGGUUUAUGAAAGAAAAGUGUCAGACAUAGCCAAAGAACAAAAUACAAGGAGAGGACACGGGCUAACGUACUACUCGAGUUAACUUAUUCUAGCAUGGAGAUCCGCUUGAUUUAGAGUUUAUUAUUAAGGAAUAAUCUUGUGGCUAGAUUUACUCUGUUUACCCCAAAAAGUCUUGGAGGCCACUCAGUCGAUAUCUGUGAAAUGAAGGCAUAUCAUGUUUCAGUGUUGUAAGAUUAGUUUGAUACUACAGGGGCGCCGGUAACAGACUUACUUCUCCCCAAAGAGAUCAGCCUAAAGCACAUCCUGGCACUUCCACAGUCCUUUGAGUGAUUUUUCUAGCGCCCUGGUUGAGCUUGUUUUGUGGGCACAAAAAUAGUCCAGGGAAGGUCAAUCUCUCUGAGAAAAACGUGACCGGGGUUGAGAUUAAAAAGGGACUGUCCGAGUCGUUUGAUAAAAUAGUCUGCAAAGAAUUCACAAUGACAAGCCAGUGGAAAUCCAGACCCUAACUCCUCAUUUUCUAAACCCCUCGGAGUAAACUGUGAGGGGGUUUUCUCUUUCGAUGUAAGGUCAGUGUGAUAGUGAACAAAGCAACACUGUGCUUUUAGUUGAUAUCAUUUAGAGAGCCAUCGACUGUAUCCUUAAGUUUAACUGCAUGUAAGUAAAGUAUAGUACAGUAGGUAAGAUUUAUCCGAAGAAAAAAAAAAGUUAAGAUGGCAUAAAGAAUUCAUCAGCCUGAUACCUAAAGUGUAUACAAAGCUUUAAGACCUAACGUGAACAUCGGUCAAAGAUCAUAUAUUUACCGUGUAGUUUAACUAAUCGAUACAUAAAGUUUAAUUAUGAUUCUUAAGAAUAUGCUAAAGUGUAAGUUUCAUUUGUCCAGCUCACCCAGUGUGAGAUCCUUUUUGAAUUCAGUGGUGCCACAAAGGGGUGGGGGGUGACUCACAGUGACAUUUGAUGCAUUAAGUUCUUGUUAGUAUUAUUUACGAUAUUGUAUUAAGCUUACUAUUAUAGUAAUGGUAGAAACUGUUGAUGUUUUUUCUUCUCUUGAUAUGAAAAGGUCUUUAUGCAUUUAUGUAGAAUCCCUUUUUUUUUUUUAAAGGAGUGAUAGGAAAUCCUUAUUUUCAAUGGAUGCACUUAAGCAAUUGUACCAACCUGUCGAAAUCACACAUUGAGCAAGUAAUGCAUUUGAAUGUAAAAAAAAAAAAAAAAAAAAGACCACUCAACUCGAUGCACUCCUUAUGCUUAUUGUUUUGUCAAUUUACAAGUGAGCUUUAAGUUUUUUUGUUUUUUUUAUAAAGAAUUUGCGACAGGUUUUCAACGUAGACUAUAUUUGAGUUCUUCCACAUACAUUUAUAGAAAGUAACUUAAAAUGAAUAAAAAAAGAAAAAAAAACAUAUUACAAUUUCUCAAAUCUAUUUUGCUAACAUGGGUUAUUAUUUCAUAGAAAGCAGAGGAAAAACAAAGUCAGUAUCUGGAUGUUAUUUAUGAAAGUACAAAAAAGAAAAAAAAUGAAGCAACAUAUUUAUGAGUAACCUCAAGACAUUUUGUUUUUUAAUUAAAAAUGACAAGAAGUUAAUAUAUUUCUAAACACAGGGAAGUCAGUUUCUACUAAUAAGUACAAAUGAGAAAAGAAGUUUAGAAGUUUUAUUUAUGAAAGUUACGGCCGCUCGGCUUUUUCCACGUUCUUCGUGAUUAAUGGAGGACGAGGAAGGAGAGCUCCCCGUGGCUUAAAUUUUAACUUCAGACGUGCACGACUACAACAUCAGUGCGGUCACAAUGGAAUAAUGACAGAAAAUAAUAUAAUAUUUUUUAGAAUUUGGAGAUAUUUUAGUCACAGAGCAUCAAUUUUGUGCCUCAAUUCUAUAUUUUUCCUGCAUCAGCAUUCUUUGUGUGGUGCUGCUUGCUGUUACCCGUUCUCCCCCCUUCGACUAAGCCCAUGUUACUGACUGAAACACAUAACUCAUUUCCUCUGUAAUCUAAACUCACUUUUACUUAUCAAACCUAUAAAACAUGUUACGACUGCAAUGCUUGGAAUGAAUGAGGCGACGCUGUGACCCCUCUGCCAAUGGGGCCACACACAGCUUGUACACACUUUCAUUCAUACAUUUUCUACAUCUACUACUCAGACAGCUUGUGAUCACUAGCAACAGAGCAUAAUCAGCCUUAAGGCAGCCUUUAUGAGAGACUUCACCUGAUGUGCUAAUUAGGUGAAGUUUGCAAAUCGAGCGGACACAUCUAGGGGAGGACAACAGCGCACUGUGUAGUAGAUCUAUGUAACUAGAUGCACACAUAUACACACACGACAGAUUCAUUACCGUACUAGUUUGCAUGUAUGUUGUAUGGUCACUUAGACAGGAGGAAUAGCGCAGGUCCUGUGUUGUCCUUGAACAUAGGAACACUUGGGCUGUUUCUCCUCUGUAGAUUUUCAUAGUUGGGAGUCUCUUUGGAAAGUGAAACAGUUGACAUGAGUUUGGAGCCAGGCAAAGAGAACAUUUCAGUCCCCACAUUAAAGUUGGAUUUUGUAUUCUCAGUUACCUGAUAGAAGAUGAAAGACUGUUUUGCACCUCAUAUGAAUUAACUUGAAGUUCUUAGUUUGUGUAAAAAGUAGAUACAGUGAAGAAAACUUGACAAAAAAACAAAAAAACACAACAAUAGCACAUUUUCUGCUGCACGUAAAAAGAUGGGGGCUGAAGUGGCGUUCGCUGGUGAAACUCGCAACCUUUUCCAAAGAGGCCAAAACAGUCUGACAGUUUGUCUUUGGUAGCGUUUCCAAUUUUUCCAGCACAGUAGAGGUGUUUCAUACCGGUCUAAUAGUGGUUGUAGUGCAUUAGUUUUUGGGCCAGCAUCACCUGGCGAUAGUUUCUGGUUUCUCUGUGAACAGUGAAAGAGGGUCGCCUUCACGGCCCUCUGUGGCUGACCGUCAACUUUGAUGGAUGGAAAAAAAAAGAAGUCUUUGAACUCUGUUACAGUAUGCCGUGCCCUAACAAGGCAUGUGAUAUUGCAGGUUUAUUUGUUAUAGCAAAUGUUUUUUUGUGAAUUACAUUUUUUGGAGACAUUUUUAUUAUUAUUAUUGUAUCUGCGCCAUGUUAGUUCUGGUUCUUUGUUAUUUUUCCAAGAUUCAAGAUGUAUUGUAAAUGUUUCUAAUAAAACAAAAAUGAAAUGAU